AAGUAAGAGAGGGAGAGACAUCAAAUCUGUCUGAGAAAGGUUAACAAGACUGACUGACUGACUGAGUAGAGUGGGAGUGUAAAAUGUAAAGGCGAGUAGGAGGGGAGAGAGAGAGAGAGCAGGACAAGAGAAAGGGAGGAGAGCGUGUCUGAUAGACAGUCUGUUGAGCUUGUCUGGUUGCUUGAUCAUUCUGCUGUUUUGUCUUUCCACCUGCAGCCUGGGAGGAGGACAUGAGCCAGACAGGUGUGUGUUUGUGUGUGUGUGUGUGUGGGGAGAGUCUGUGAACAUGGAUGGACACGCACUGCGAAGAUGAGUGGCACAGGGAGAUGCAUGGACGAAGGGAUGGAUGGAUGGAGGAACGUGUAAAUCGUGACGACCUUGGACCUAUAUAUCCGCAACGCCUGCCAAGAGACUGGAGUCUCUGUCACACGAUCACAACACCUCCUCAGGCCUUUGCAGGAGGACAUGCAGUGCCAGUGUGAGUGACAGGCAGCGUGAGCCAAUGAGCUUCACACCGAACCCAGCUCUAGUCCCAGACAGGGACAAACUCCCGCUCAAAAAGAGGGACCAAAGGCCGAGCUCGCCAUCGCAGCAGCAGUGUGAUGCUGCGACAUUCAAGGCGCCCUACCCUUACAAGAGCCACAGUGAGAUUAAGACAAAGCACACUGGCCCUUUCCAGCCCGUACCGAGACGGGUUCCUGCACUGUACCAGCCCUGGAUGCAGACUCACCCAUCCACCAGGUCCAAACCUCACGACCUCUCUGCAUUCAGGGAUCACCGUGGCUGGGCAGAGUGGAGACAAUUCAACCCCGUGCACCCUGGAUGGGCCUUUCCUCACCACUAUCAGCACCACAGCCACUUGUCUGGUACACCUGCACUCCACCUGGGCCAUCCGCACAUCCCCUCCAGAUUCAGCCCCGUCUCCCUUGUCACUGAGGGUUUCCAAAGGGUGCGGGGAGGGUACAGCUGGGAGCAGCUCAAGACAUUAAGGGACAAGAGUUUAGACACCGACAGGCAGAGCAAUGGAAGGAACAAAGGACCAUAUGUGAGGAGAAGAGACAGAAAAGUUGAGCAUUUUCCCAGGGUUGAAAAAGCAAGUCCUCCGUCACUGAGCACAUGCCUACCUCACUCUCCACACGAGGACCUCACACUGCAAUAUGAUGUGUUGCACAAAUCAGCAAAGGUUGUCAAACAUCCCGCUUCUGGACAUUCCCUCAUACGAGUUUCCCCUGACGAUAGCUCAAGCAAGAAAUACACCUCCAUGAAGGAGGACGCCUUGAGGUCUUCUGCUCUCCCAUCUUCUGAGCAGGCUUCUUCCUCCUCUUCCUCUCCUAACCUUUUUCCCUGGCUGCUCCCUCACUUCGGGGCAGGCUCUCUGAUCGAGCUCAGAGACGGCCGGCUGAGGAGGGUGGAGCACCUGCAGACGGAGGACUUCCUGCUGGGAUCGUUGGCCUGUCCAGACCUGCACCUGAGCUGCUGCACGGUGCAGAGCAUCACCCCUUCAGCCUCCUCCUCCAUCUCGCGCCUCCUCAUCCUGCUCCACGACCAGCAGUCCCAGGAGCUGGUGGACGUCUAUGUGGAGUACCCAUUCUUUGUGCGAGGGGCUGGCUGGUCCUCCUGCAGCCCUCAGAGGACUGCCCGUCUCUGUGGCCUGCAUUGCCGCCAGCUCAGUGUGGGAGACAUCUGCCUGGCUCUCACCCCUGUCUCAGCCUCCCAGCCUCCACCGUCAGCCACCCUGGAGCCAAAAACCUCAACCAUUAAGUCAGAGGGAGGGUGUGAGUCCCUAAAGGCAUCACCACCCCGGGACCCCCCAGGGCUAGUGCUGCCAGCAGGGGGGCAGAAGAAGACAGAGGCAGACGUGGUCCGCAGGAGACACUAUUCUGCCCCUGAGUUGAGAGGUCCAGGGACUAACUGCAUGUAGUGAGGAGGGCUGAUGCUUCAAGGACACCGAAGCAUGUCGAUCUCUUUUAAGCUCCGCUAUACUCGGCCUGUAUUUGCUAUCUUUCUACCUCCCGAAUCAUAUUUCUGUGCUUGACUGUCGUUUUUUCAAUUGUACCGAAGGAGUAAAAGCUAAAGAGGAAAGAUAAGAUAAACUCUCAGGAUUCCCCCAGAGGGUAAACCUAUAUUUGCAAAUUUGUCAGGGUAAGUCAGGGAUCAAACACUGACAAUAUAAGUUGAGUUAAACAUUACAAUUUCUGCAACGUCUCAUGUGACGCUAUGUGAUUUAUUUAUUUUGGGAAGCUGUUUCAGUGGCAGUGAAUUUGAAAAAGCUCUUGUAGGUUCAAAGAAUAUUGUUUGGGUUCUACAGCGUGUUCAAAGUGUUCGUCUCAUCUCAAGCACUUCUGACUAAAUCAGCCCACGUUCCUUGAAAAUCAAAGACGAAUACUCCCUCAGGUCUUUCACUGCUCAACAUAUCGUCUAAAGUUUUAUCUUUUCUGCCUAAAGAUUACGUAAGACUUCUUUAUAAUCAUUAAUAAUGUUUUCAUUCCGAAUUAUUGCAUUUCCUUAAUUCCUGUUUGAGAGUGAGCUUUCACAUUGACAAUCAACACCACUUUGAUUGCAUCACUAGGAUUAAAUUUUACGCUUCUACCUCUAUUUUCUAUUUAAGGUGACAGAUACGUAUGAUCUGUUUUUAACGGCGUGGGCUGUGUUGUAAUACGCUGCGUUGGAAGCGCUCAGCUUCUCAGUGAAUGUCGGUGUGAAUGCCUUUAUUUGCCUGGUUGUUACAGUAUAUAGCUGUGUCAAUGUCGUAUGUCAGCACUGCAAUGUGAUUUUCUUCUGAGUGUAUAUAGCACUUAUUUUGGCAAACGAUUAAAUUGUGCAAAGUUGAAAUGCAAACCAUGUGGGCUCAACUGUGAUGUCCCAAUUAGGGGGCAGACAGGGUGCUGUACAUACAGAUGGUGUCUGUACCUUGUGAAACAGUUUUCUCACCGUUUAAUAAAUAUAUGUAAAGUUUCUGCAUCAUUUUCACACAAAUGUCAAAAACCCAUGAACACUUACAAAACGUUAAUUU